AUGGCCGCUCGCUAUCGAGGAAAUUCGGAAUUGGAAGCAUGUCCAAGCAUUGCCUCUUUACGACCCGGUUCGGUAGCAUUAGCCAGCGAUUUACUGGUACCCGGUGAUCGCAUCCACAGUUUAAAUGGUAUUAAUACAAGCCGAAUGCGUCCCGAGGAAGUAAACUCCCUCCUGGACAACGUUAGUGACGAUGCCGUCUUCGAAAUUGAAUACUCCCUGCCAAAUUACGCUUCGCAAAAUUCCUUGUGUGUCACGUCUAAAGUUACCGAAGUGACAUUAGAAAGGGUCAAUGGGUCGUUAGGGAUAACGCUGAGGGGUGGCGUGACACAAGAUCAGCCGCAUCUUAGCCGAUCGCUCGUAAUCACACACGUUAGACCGAAUGGGCCAGCACAUAGAAGCGGCUUCAUCAGGGUCGGGGACAGGCUGCUAAAGGUGGACAAUCACUCCCUAACGAACAAAACUUUACUCGAGGCUCAACAACUUCUACGCGAAAAUUCCGCAAAGCUUCCACUAACAACUUUAACUAUCGAGUACGACGUGAGCAUAAUGGAAUCGGUGAAAUAUGCAACCGGUCCGCUGCUGGUCGAAAUCGAGAGGCACGACGAGGAAUUGGGCCUAAUCCUAACAAAUUAUUGUAAUUUUGAGACUGACGAGAUCAUGACGGCCGGCAUUUAUAUUGAGCGGGUGGUGCCUGCGUCGACGGGGGAUCGUUGCGGCGCGCUUAACGUCGGCGAUCAGUUAUUAGCAAUUAACGAUACGUCGUUAGAGGAAUGGGAAGGAACGAUAGCAGACGCUCAGAAGAUGCUCAAGUCCGCCACCAAAUUGCAAGUGUUACCGGCUAACACAAUCAGAACAACUUCUCGCAAUUACGCAGCAGCUAAAGAAGAUAACAGACCUAGGAUUAAAUGUCCGGGUUAA